GCAUGGAAGGCCUGGUUGGCCCAGGCGGAUAUCGAUCCGGGGAUUCGCACCCUUAACCAUGCGUGCGUGAUAGUGCGCCACUUGCAACUACACCACAUCCGCCCUCGCGCAAUCCUUUAG